CUCAUAUUUUUUCUUCUCAUUCAGCUGAUUUUGAAUGACUUAAAGCCUUCGAACCCCCACCACUCCGCAGUCCGCAUCUACCCUACGAGGCCUGGGAGUGCUCUGCUCGUGCCCCGUGGUUCAAUCACUCGUAGCCUGUGGUGUACUGGAUUCCAGCUGCUUAGGUGACCCAAAAUCAGAUUUUCUUGUCCGAGUCUAUCUCUUCCAACUCAGUCGAUUGCCAAGAUUUUUAACCUGUAAACAUAAGUGUCCGAGAUAUUGCAAGUCCACUUUGGGUUUCCGCUGCCACCCCUAACGUCCAUGGAUUUUGAUUCAACUUAUGAUACUGUUUGUGUAGCAGAUUUUAUCUUUCGUAAAGGCUUCAAAAGAGUAGCUCUCCAGUUCCCAGAUGAACUAUUGAAGUAUUCAACAAAAAUAGUAGCGGCGCUGCACAAAAAGGUUCGCGCACUCGGAGAGUCAAGUGGAGACACAAAGGAUGUCAAAUUGUACGUAAUGGCUGAUACUACUUAUGGCAACUGUUGUGUUGAUGAGGUUGGAGCAGCUCAUGUAAAUGCCGACUGUGUUAUUCAUUAUGGUCAUACAUGCCUUAGUCCGACAUCAGCAAUUCCUGCAUUCUAUGUUUUUGGAAAAGCUUCCAUUAAUGUUCCAAAUUGUUUAGAAAAACUGUAUGGAUACACAUCGCAAUUUGAAAAGCCAAUUUUGGUUCUUUAUGGGCUUGAAUAUGCACACGCCAUACCGAAGAUCAAGGAAGUUGCAAUAGCAGAAUCUUCAAGAUUAUAUAGCUCAUCUAAUUUGGAACUUUCUUAUGCUGAUGUAAUAAACUUUGUUACUAGUCCAACAGCAGUUUUUAGAUCUGUGGAUAACAAUCCUGAAGAUGUUGACUGUGGAACUGAUAAUGGAAGUCAUUCUAAGGAAACAUAUACUAUAGGAGGGUUGUCUUGGAGCUUAAAUAAGGGACAUAAGAUGAAAGAUUAUUUGCUUUUUUAUAUCGGUUCAGAUAAUUCAGCUUUUGCUAAUGUGCUAUUGACAUACAACAGUUGUGAAUUAGGUAAUACUUUACGUUCACUGUCUACAUUUUGGCUUUUGUUAACUCAAAUUACUUUGUCAUAAAUAAUUGGCUUUGCAUGGGCACAUUCAUUUUUCUUCCCUUUCUCGGGAUAAGCAUACGGGACAUUUUUAGGAUUCUGAUGUAUAUUAGCAACCUCUACCAUUUGAUUUUUUACUAUCUUUACCAAGAUGAAUAAACUUUUAUGUGGAAUUAGUGCAAGAUGAUGGAGCUUUAGGAUGAUGCUAAAAGCUUUACACAUCAAUUGGCAUAGGGCAUUUAAAGGCCUUGAAUAUGUGUUUUUUGCGAGGGAAGAAAUUGUUGACACAUGAUAGGUCUUUGCAUGUGUCUUUUUAUUGUUCUAUACUGCUUCUUUUUCAAUGUGACUUGUGAAAUUUCAGGGCAUAAAAUGAUGAUAAUGUUUUUUGCUUUGACUGAAUUUCUAUUGUUGGAACAAUAUUUUGCCAGUUUAGUAUGAUCUUCCUGCCACUAAUGCACUUCCGGUGUGUUGUCAUUUAUUUUAGACUUGUUUUGUGAAUGUUAUUAAUCAUUGUGCUCACGUCGCUGGCUUUGCUCCCAGUCAGAUACGAUGCAGCUCAAGAUUUGUUGGUCACUAACUUCUCUUCACAGAACAAGAUUCUUAGGCGUAGGUAUUUUCUAGUUGAGAAAGCGAAGGAUGCCGGUAUUGUUGGGAUCUUGGUGGGAACUCUUGGAGUAGCUGGUUAUCUCCACAUGAUUCAUCAGAUGAAAGAUUUGAUCACAAGGGCCGGGAAGAAAGCCUAUAUUUUUGUUAUGGGUAGGCCAAAUCCUGCCAAGCUUGCUAACUUCCCUGAGUGUGAUGUUUUUAUAUAUGUUUCUUGUGCACAAACAGCUCUAUUGGAUAGUAAAGAGUUUUUAGCUCCCAUUAUUACACCCUAUGAAGCAAUGCUUGCUUUCAAUAGAGGAAGUCAGUGGACCGGAGAAUAUGUGACUGAGUUCCGCGAUUUGCUUGGGUCUGCUCCGGUGGAAGAAAAUGAGCAAUCAGAGGAAGCAAGAUUUUCUUUCCUCCAAGGUGGAUACAUGGAAGAUUUUGAUCAAAAAGAGCCCCAUGAUUUGGAGGAGGAUGGAGUUUCUGCAUUGGUGAGCGUUACACAAAGAGCUCUCCAAGUUCGGGAUAGUGGAACGAAGAAGACGAUGAUGGGAACAGCAAAGUCAGGGGCAGAAUUCUUUGCAGCUAGGUCCUUCCAUGGUCUCGACAUUCAUCAUUCUGAGAGUAACACCAUCACUGAGCCACUUUUGAUGGGUAGGAGUGGGAGGGCCUCGGGGUACACACACGAGCGGACCACGCCUCCUACUUAGCCUUCGUUUGGGAACAUCGUUUUCAACUAUCGUUAGCGUUUUAGAUUAAUUUUUAGCAGUGUAUUUUUUGUGGUGUAUAUUAACUUUGAAAAUGACAAAAUUAAAGAUUGCAUCAACAUUUUUGAAAUGUUAAGUUAAACGCUGAAGUUGUUGCCAAACAGCACCUAGCCAUUCCCCCUGCAUUUCCAUACUUGCAACAAUGAUAUUUUUAAAAAAAAUGAGGAUUUAGUUG